UCACUUGACGUCAGCGACUCGGCCUUUUCGCUAUUCCGGACUUCCGCUUUCAAUGUUAGCUGCGGAGAGCUAGAGAGCCGCUUCCGGCAUAUGGCAGCCGGGUAGGCUCAGACUUAGAAGAUUGCACACGGCUGAAAGGACGAUCUGGUUGAAGAGCGUACAUUGAUGAACAUUAAAGGCUUCUCACCCCCAAGCACAGAGAUGGCUGAGAUAAACCGCAUGCAGUAUGAGAGAGAGUACACAGAAGGGAUCAGCCAGAGCAUGAGGGUCCCAGAGAAGCUUAAAGUGGCUCCAAGUAACUCAGGAGUCGACCCAAAAACUCAGCCAGACAUGCCCAUUCCUGGAGUAUUUAUGGAGGUGCCUGAGAGGAUUGUGAUAGCAGGUCACAGUGAGGAGUCUCUCUUCUCAAGGCCUUCUAAUUUGGAUUUCAUCCCUGGAGCUAACAUCGCGGCCCUUGCACUGAAAACCCCACCGAGGGUCCUCACUCUGAGUGAAAGGCCGCUAGACUUUCUGGAUUUGGAAGGACCCGCACCAGCCACUCCACACAGCAAAGAGGUACGCAGCAGCGGGAAUCUGAAGAGAGACGGAUUAGCCUCUGAGAAUUCAUUGAGGCAGAAUGGACAGCUCGUCAGACAUGACUCCAUCCCGACUCCGUCUGCCCCUGCAGGCCGCCUGUGCCCCGCUCCCUCGCCCCCUGCAGUUGGAGCAGAUCUUUUCUCUCCCCGUGGCAUUCUGUCGCUCAUCCAGACCUCCACCCGCAGGGCUUAUCAGCAGGUCCUUGAUGUGCUGGAUGAAAACCGCAGGCCUAUCUUGCGUGGUGGAUCAUCGACCUCUGUUCCUGUCACCCAUCAUGAUAACCCCAGGUCUGCAAUGUCCACAUUAGACACAACUUUGGACUCCACCCCAGAUGACUUAGCUUUAGCAGACGCAGCAUCAUUAAGGAGGCAGAUAAUCAAACUGAACAGACGUCUUCUGCUUCUAGAAGAAGAAAACAAAGAACGAGUCAAGCAUGAAAUGACCAUGUAUUCCAUCAUCAUCAUCUUCGGACUCCUGAACAGCUGGCUGUGGUUCCGGCGUUAAAGCAACCCCGGACUUCAAUUAGGAGGGGAUUUAAAAGCUCCUGAAGACCUUGCAGUGCCACUUUGUAUGGUGGAUGUUGGGAACUUCUCGAUUUACAGCACAAACCACUGCCCACGUAUAAUAAAAAAGACUGUAUGCAAUGGGCACAUCUUGAGACGCCAUUCCUCUCUUCCCCCUUUCUCAGCAUAAUGGGCCCACCUAGCAUGUGUUGAUUUUGUCAGCAGGUUUAGUGCAGUGUAAUACAUACAUGGGCUUAUUUACAAACCUAACAGCUAAAUUGCACAAGUGCAGUUACCCUUCACAACCAAUCAGCAGUUUGUUUUGAUCAGAAAAUGAUUGGAUGUUAUUGGCAACUGUAUUUCUGUGAUUUAGCACCUAUCUUGGUAAAUCAGCCUUACUAGUAGAGCAAGAACAGUCUAAGCAGGGCUUUGUUUCCAGGCACCAUAAUAAACAGAAUAGAUGCUCUGUGCAUUUAAAACCAUGGCCCUAUGCAUGAUAAAUCAUACUUUAAUUGGUUCUGUUUUCUCUGUAACACAAUUGGCCAGAAGUUAUGGGAAUCGCAUGCCUUGCUCUCUUCUACAACACUAGUUUCCACUCACUUGGGCAGAUUCAAAUACAUUAAACCUGCAUCCCGUUGAUUUCUAUGCUGCAAGCUAAGUAUAGUGCAGGCCUCCCUGUGUAAAUAUCAUUUGUGUGAAGAAAUCAUCCCCUUCCUUGUAAAUCCCCCCUGCAUGUGCUGUAAUGUAAAUAAUUUGUUCUUAGAAAUGAGCGAGUUCCAUAUUCGGCUUAAAAUGUAGCUGGCGACCAGAGUGUAGGUGUGCAGAAUAAUGUCUGGGUUAUUAAAACUCUCUAUUUAAAAAUCA